GACACUUUCCAGAAAAGCUAUUUCGAGGUUAGGCUAUCAAGGGUCAACGGAAAAAUGGAACAAUCUUGCCCCAAAUUAAGUCAGUGAUAAAAAUAAACGUGAAAGCAACAUGCCUGGCCCGAAAGCGUGCAAAAAAACACGCAAAGAAUGGCAUUUGACACAUUGAUGACUGGUUCAAAUGCCUCGAUGGCCUGAUGGAAAUACUAAUCUCGAAGAAGGUUGUUUUAGCUUUAAUUAUCCUAGCUGCCAUAUCUUUUUAUAUCAGUUAUACAUUCAACACUUGUCUAGUCAGUAGCAUAGCCAAAGCGUUGCCGAAAUGGCGCCACCACCCGGUAGUCCCCAACGACACCCCAAUCAUCCACUACCACACCUCCGUUCGUGUCGUCCCCCUCCUCGAAAGUAACGAAUCAGACAUAUCGCCGAAAUACAAGUUUUUCCGCGAACAGGGUCUGCGCCCCAUGCGCCAACUUCCAAGUGCUUUAAUAAUCGGAGUGAAGAAAGGGGGCACUAGGGCCCUCCUCGAGUUCAUCCGCAUCCAUCCGGAUGUGCGUGCCGCCGGCAGCGAGGUGCAUUUCUUCGAUAAAAACUACCCUCGGGGCUUCCAGUGGUACCGCCAACGCAUGCCCCCAACACUCGAGGGCCAACUCACCAUCGAAAAAACACCGUCGUAUUUUAUAACCAAGGAAGCGCCGAGACGUGUACAACAUAUGAAUCCCUCCACUAAACUUUUAGUAGUAGUUAGAGAUCCGGUCACUAGGGCUAUCUCCGAUUACACGCAAGCGAUUUCGAAAAAACCCGACAUGAAACCCUUUGAUCAGCUUGUUUUUAUUAAUAGUACGAUCGGGUGCAUUGUUGAUACUUCCUGGGGGCCCGUUAAAUUGGGGCUCUAUUCCCGAUACUUGUCCAGGUGGUUGAAGUAUUUUCCGUUGUCACAGUUUUUGUUCAUAAGUGGGGAACGGUUAGUUGUGGAUCCGGCGAUUGAGUUGAAAAGGGUUCAGGAUUUUUUAGGGCUCAAGCGAGUGGUUUCCGAGAGACACUUUUAUUUUAAUUCAACCAAAGGGUUUCCCUGUUUGUUUAAAAGUGAAGGGCAUAGCACCCCGCACUGUUUGGGGAAAACCAAAGGGCGGAAUCAUCCCUAUAUUGACCCCAUCGUUAUCCAAAGAUUGAGGGAUUUUUACAGACCCUUUAAUAAUAGGUUUUACCAAAUGACCGGAAUUAAUUUCGGUUGGGCUUGAAUAAUAAUACACACGAAAAGUAUUGCUAGACCAAUGUCAAUUUACGUAACAUAUACCUCUGAUAUCAAGUUAUUUUGUUUUUGUUUUGUUUUAACCCAAAUAUCACAUUUAUUAUUACGCUUUUUUGUUAUUGCGAUUUUUGGACGUUUUGUUUUUAUUAUUUUGUACAAAGUAUACACAGCAGACAUAAUCAAAUAUGUAGAUAUUGUUCUCGACUUUUGUCGCACUUUUUUAUAACCAAAGUUUUAUUCUUACCGAAUAAUUUAUUGUAGUUUCGGAGUUUUAAUAAAAAAUCAACAAGUAA